CAAAGGGGUGAAUAAUGUGUAUGUAAAAUUACAAAAUUUACUCCAAAAGAAAAUACUAGGAAUAGGUUGUAAUGCACAUAUUUUGUCAAAUGCAAUCAACAUAGCGUCAUGUGCCAUGCCAACUGAUAUAGAAGUAAUAAUACAAUUUAUUUGUGUUUUAGUCGUUUUACCAUUCGUGUGGCUACUUUAGAACAAUUUUGUGAAGAGGUGAAUGUUCAAUACAAAAACUUUUAGAAUUUCCAAAAGUUAGAUGGCUUGCUCUAACACCUGCUAUAGAGCGUGUUCUCCAGCACAGGAGAUGGAGAAUCCACCAAUGGGUUUGCUCUGUCUUCCUGCCCAAGUCAGUCAAACUUGCCACACCCGUCCUGAACUAGGACACACCCAGUCUUGACUUGAUCUUCAGCCCAGACAGACGUGGCAAAUUUGACUCCCAGAGUAGGCAGGUAGAUCAGAGCUUCAUUGGUGAAUUUUCCAUCAUUCCACAGUCUCAGCCUGACUAUCGAAGGCUUGGGCUCCUUUCCCCAAUCCACAGCCAGAACGGAGGCCUCCGUUCUGCUUCUUCUCACACAGGCAGCACUGGGAUCAGCGCUGUAGCUGGCACUCACCCUCUCAACUUCCCUGCCUCCUUUUGCUGUCAGAUCAUUGCGGCCGCCAUUUUGGCAGUUGCUGGGCGGCCGGAUCAACUCGUUCGUCAGCAUGCAGCUCAGAUUCCUUGCCUCCUUCUUACUUAGGCCUCGGGUGCCUUCUCUUGUGACCGGACCAUUGCGACUGCCAUUUUGGCAGCCGCGUGGCGAUCCUCCGCGGCCGAAUCGGCUUGUUCGUGGGCGUGCGGCCCGGAUUUGUCUGACUCAGCCUACAGAUUUCCCUAGUGGCAGUCACUCUCAAUUGGCGCAGCUGCCAUUUUAAGGCCAUGUGGCUGCCGCCAUCGCUGUUUGCAGGGAGGCCAACGGGGGAGGAGGAUCUCCUUUGGAUGUCCUCAGCUCCAUCCUUUUCCUGGCAAUCGAAGGGUGAUUGCUUCUGUAACACCAGGUCAUCUUCUGUCUUGCUCUCCCUGCAAUUUCAUCACAGGGAAGCUGGAAACGGCCGCGGCUGCCAUUUUGGACGGCUUGUACAACAAUACAUAUAGAUAUCUAUAGGCCUGUAUAGCCUCUCUCUCCCAGGUAUUCUGCAUCACCUUGGGCAUUACUAUCAGGGAAGUCUCUCUCUCAUUCAAUAAGAUUCUACGUGUUGUAAACGCUGCAUCAUCCAUAAGGCCCAUACUCCCUCUUAGCCACCAUUCAGCAGGCUGCGCAUGUGCUAGCGGUCAUCACACGAGUGAUUUGCUGCCUCCGCAGAGUCCACCCACCGCGGAAACAUGCUGCCCACUUAUCAACUUGCUGGCCUUGUCACCGUACCCUCUACGAGCAGGCAGGCUGUCAUUACUCAUGUGAUUUUGCCGCCGCCAUAGACACGACCGUACCCCCAGAGACAAUUACCGGUCAGGUGGCCAGGGGAGCAGGGUAAACCAACAUAUUACCUUAGCAUUCCCCUGCUCCAACUGCAUAGUCUAAUCCAGUGUUUCCCAAAGUGUGGUACGCGUACCCCCAGGGGUACGGGAAGAGUUUGGUGGGGGUACGCGUUGCACCGGAGUUUAGUGGGGAUCACGUGGGAAUAUCCACUGCACCGUGCUUAGCUGCGCCCACAGAACAAAGAAAGAAAUAGGCGCGUAUCGCAGUUUUUACACGGGAACUGGGGCCAUCAUACAUCGUAUCGCAACUCAUUAUGACGGGAACUUCUGCGCAUCCUUCGCGCAGCUCUGGUUCGGCCAUUUUUAAACUGCGGGAACAUUAACAGUUAACGUUGAGCCUCGGAGCUGUUUAAAAGCCGGAGAAUUGCAGUGUUAUCAACGGUUAGACAGUCUUGUGAGGCAUGACACGGCGUGAAUAUACUGCACUUCGUUAUAGAGACAACUUACUUCUUUAAUAGUUAGUUCUGGGUGCCUGUUAUUGUGCUUUAGUAAGUUCCACUGAUUUUGAUUAUUUUUAUAAAAUACAGUUUUUAUCCCUAACAGAGAUUAUGGUUCGCUGGUUGAAAUCUGGAACUACUAAACCGAAAAAAAGUAAUGAUUGUAAUAGCAAUCAACGAACAGGAAAUAAUGAAAUUAACGACGAAUCAAUUUCAAUUCUGAAAGAACCUGUUAAGAAAAAAGCAAGGAAAACUCGCAAGUACGACAAAGAAUAUCUUAAAUUUGGAUUCUCAUGGACUGGAGAUAAAAAUGAGCCUAUUCCACUUUGUGUCAUUUGUUUUGAAAAUCUAACAAAUGAAAGCAUGAAACCAUCCAACUUAAAGCGCCAUUUUGAGACAAACCAUAAUCAGUACAAAGAUAAACCCAUAGAUUUUUUUGAAAAUAAACUUAAGGGUUUAAAUCAGUCUCGAAAAGUAAUGCAGGGUUUGACGGGAGGUGACAAUCAAAAAAUACUAGAAGCUUCGUAUCGCGUGUCACUUUUAAUUGCCAAAUGUAGUGCAGCGGAAACCAUUGGCGAAAUUUUAAUCAAGCCUGCAGCCAAGAUAAUGGCAGAAGUAAUGAUAGGAGAUAGAGCGAAACAAACUUUUGACCGCGUUCCUCUCUCAAAUAAUACAGUUCAUCGACGAAUCAUUGAUAUGUCUAAUAAUGUAAAACAGAUAUUAUCUGAUAUUUCUCAAAGUCAUUAUUAUGCAUUGCAAGUCGAUGAGUACACCGACAUUGCAAAUUUUGAAAAUCUUAUGGCAUUUGUUAGAUACGAAAAAAAUCAAGAAAUUAAUGACGACUUUUUAUUUUGCCAGCCUUUAUUAGGUCACACAACAGGAGAAAAUAUCUUUAAUGUUAUGAAUACAUUUAUGCAAGAGAACAAAAUUGAUUGGAAUAGAUGUGUUGGAAUAAGCACAGAUGGAGCAAGAAGUAUGGUCUGAAUUAAAGGACUCGUUGCAAGAAUUCAAAAUGUUGCUCCAAAUGUCAUAUCCACACAUUGUUGCAUACAUAGAGAGGCUUUGGCAACACGUAAGAUGCCCGCUGAUCUACAGAAAGUUCUGGAUGAAAGCAUGAAAAUCAUUAACUACAUUAAAAGCCGUCCUUUGAAUGCACAACUUUUUUCGCAAAUAUGUGAAGAAAUGGGAAGUAGUCAUACCCAGCUGCUUUUUCUUACCGAUGUUCGUUGGCUAUCUCGGGGAAAAAUUCUAAACCGAUUGUUCGAACUUAGACAUGAACUUCAAUGCUUUCUUAAUGAUAGAUUUGAGUUGAGAAAUUGUUUACAUGCCUGGAAAUGGCUUUGUAAACUAGCAUACUUAGCAGAUAUAUUCUCUGUUUUAAAUUGCCUCAACUUAUCGUUACAAGACAAAGAAAUUUCAUUGUUUCACGUUCAAGAUAAAGUGAACGCUACCAUUGCAAAACUAAAUUUAUGGCAAAAGAGAGUUGGUAAUGGAGAAGUAGACUCGUUUCCCUCUCUUCAUGAGUUUAUAACAAGUUUGGCUACUAAAAUUGAGGCUGAUACUUUGAAAUGCAUAAUACAGCAUUUGGAGAGUUUGCAAGUUGACUUGAAAAACUAUUUCCCUGAUUUAAACGAAAAUAUUGAAUGAAAAUCUAUGCCCCAACCACUGGUGCUGAAGAGGAUGAAAUUGACCGGUUCUAUGAAGCCCUACAGCACCUUAUAGAAUUAACACCAAAA